AUGACGAUGCCGCCGGUGCCGGGGGCAGAUGUGCUGACGGGGGCAACGGUACCAACACCCGCGGACGACGCCGCAGUGGCGCGGCAUGAUGUACAAUUGGGGGCCAGCAAUGACCGUGCCGACGCCGCGCACGCGAGCCGCCACGUCGAGCCCCUCGCUCAUCCUUCGUCUCCGCCUCAGCCGCUGCCGCGCGCGCCUAAUCCGAACACGCUUGCGUCACUUCCUGCCAGUGCCGGUGCGUCCCGGCAGCCGAAGGGGUGGGGCAAGGGGACCGUUCCGUGGACAGAGCCGCUCGCGGAGGCCAUGCUGCUAAUGUGCAACAAGCUUGACUGCGAGGUGCGUCAGAUGUGGAUUGCGCGAGCCGCGCUCCUCUACCUUGUGUUCGAAGAGGGGAAGGGCUGUGCCGCCCCCCUGGAGCCGCAGCCCGCCGCGUGGAGCGCCCCUCCGAGCAGCCUGACGCGCACGCCAAGGAGUACUCUGAACGACAAGGCGCAGCUGGCGCUCGCGCUGAUGAGGACCCUGGAGGCGCAUCGUCGUCAGAGUCGCCUGACGCGUGAGGUGCUGCACCCGGUGACCAUGCGGUUUGCACGGCAGUUGCGCGAAAAAGCCAAUGGCGCGGCGUCCUCCGACGGGCUCGCUAACCGCAGUGAAGCCGCGGUGGGGGCGCCCUCGGAGCUGGGGAGCCGUGAUACACGUGCUGCUGACGUGGGUGGCGACGACAAGGUGGCCACGCAUGCAUCAUCCGCGCCGCGCGCCGUUGCCGCGCCCUUGCCCCGGCGCGAGGGCUCCCUCGGGAAUCUUGAGCGCUACCUCGCCGAUGGGCUGUUGCCACUGCUCUACGGCGAGUUCGUUCACUACUGCCGCAGCGUUGAGCAGUGGCAUGAUGACUGUAACUACCGUGCAGCGGCAGCCGCACCAGCCGCUUCACCACAGCAUCCGCUUGCUCCCAGUCCAAGCGCACAGGACGGCCGCACGUGCUUGCCGUGCAUAUCGCGCGCGGACAUCGAAACGUUUUCGCUGCUCGCUGCGGUGCUGCACCGGGCGCUCGGCCUGCGCGGUGUUGUUCGCUGCGGCGACGAGGUUCACUUUCGCUUGAGCGGGCACAGCGCCAAUUCGGACGCGUUCGAGGCGCCGAGGUCUCGCGGGAUCGCCGGCGACUCAAGCGGCGACGUGGAAGUCUCUGCCGAGCAUCUCGAGUGCGGGGGAGAGCGGUUGCGUGGGUCCGUGGCGGAUGCUGCUCCUGCUCCUGCUGGCGCACCGCUGCCUCAGAGGGGACCGCGGUGCCAGCCAGCGGUGUCGCUGCGGGCGUUUCGUCUCACGAUUGAGGCCAUUACCGCACGACUGGACGCGGAUGGCGGGCCACACACAGGAGCGCAGGAGUUAGUCUCUCGGAACUCGAUGCAGCAGGUGUGCGCGGGCUCCGGUAUGCGAACCUCUUCCCCGCCGCCGUUUGUGCCGCCGCUGCACGCCCGAGGCGCGCGCGGCGGCGGCGGCGGUCAAUCUCCGUCGUUGUCACCGCCAUCGUCCACAUCGCGGUUUGGCGGGGCAGCAGCGUCCUCUUCCGCGCGAUCACCGCGUGUGCUGUCGGCAACGGCGCCAUCGUCGGAGGCCGCACGAGAGGGACGCUGCCAUGGUGGCAGGAGCCACGACCCCACGACAACAGGCAGUGGAUCACCGCGCACGACGACGACGCCGUGGGCCGGAUUUGGGAACUUUAGCAUCGGGAUCUUCUUGCCGAUCCUCAGCCUAUGCACCCACGACCGCUCUUUCAGCAGUUUCGUGACGACUGCAGCAGACGGGGGCAGCGCCCAUGCUGCGACGACGUCGGCUACUGGCAGCACGAGUCUCGCAAGUCCGACGACAGCGGCGGAGCCCAGCGCCUCGUACGAGGAGGACGUGUCGGCGCUCGCCGCCGCCAUCUCGAGGCUUCUUCUCCUUGGUGUAUACUGGGCACCGCUCUGCCGGACGUACCAGCUGCCCACGGUGCUGGCCUCCUUCGCUCGCGCGACGACAGCGGAGGUGACGCAUGCCGCUGCAGAGAAGAGCGCGCCAGCAGCAGCAGCAGCGUCCAGCCCGCACGCCGCCUCGUCACAUCUCGCCGCGAGGGUACUUGAGCUAGUCCGUGACGCGCUUCUGCCCCCAAGUGACGACUUUGCCGGACCAUCGUCGCCGUUCGUGCAGCAGCUGAGCCGCCUGGUCUACUCGAGCGGGCGCUACAUUGAGUGGUUGAACUUCGGCACGUUUACGCACAUCGCCGCCACUCUCGACCGAGUGCUAUCCCAGUGGCCGAUGCAUCAUGCUGAUGUGGCAGCGGCUGCCCCGGCGCGCUUCCUCAGCGGUAGCGCUGAUGUAGGAUGUGGUUGCACAAGCGACGACAGCGGGGGCUGCGAUGGCGGUGAGUUGUCUUCAUCGGGCGCCCCAGGCUCUGUUCGGCAUCACGGCGUGGCCGCGCGAGGUGCCGACACGACGACAGCGGCUGAUGAGGCUGGCACUGUUGUGGUACCACAUGCGACGGGAUCGUGCGUCGUCUUCCGUGCGCCGGUCGCGGCCGGGACGGCUACCUUGCACGUUUUCGCCGAAAUCGCGGACGAGUUCUGGUCUCGGGAGAGCGGGCGCAUCAUGUGGCAGGCGAUCUCCAGACAAGCGAGACAGCGUCUGACUGUCAUGGCGAGCACGGUGCCCAUGCACGCAGACUCGACGAAAUUCUUAAGGUUUAGUAUGCACACCUGCACCUACACACGGCUUCGAAUAGCCGUGCCGAACGUCAACGACGAUGGUGCGUUGACGACGGCGGCGGCGGCGAGCAGUGUCCGAGAAAUCCUGACGGCUCCCUUUUACGUACUGCGGCUAAUGGGGGUGCGCAGCGCGGCUGCCGAGGGUAUGGGCACGCCUGAUGAGGUGCUGAGGGUGUACCGCACGAGCGAGCGUGUGGAGUCCUACAUGGCGGUGCUGAACGCCAUCGGCAGCACCACGGCAGCGCGUCCGGUUAUCUGCGCGUACCUGAGAAGUGACUUCAUGUGGCGCACCAUCCCGAACGACGCCUUUGUGCCGCUGGUCACGGCUUUGGCGGAGCUGGAGUUGGCGAGUAUGACGAUGCCGGAGCUCAUGCUGGUCAGCGGCAGCCUGGAGUACAGCACUGACCCGAAACAUGGUCCGACCGCCAGCUGGAGCCUGCCGGGGCGGUGGACUGGAUGCUUCUCGUCGCAAGCGAUGGCAAGCUUGAGCGCGCGCGUCGAACCCCAUGAGCUGCGACUCCUGACCGCAGAUGAUGAGGAUGCUUACACCUUCUGCAUGGAAACCGACGCUCGCGAGCUGCAAGAGAUGGCUGGCGCGGACACUCGUCACGGCGAUGGCAAGCUCCCUCUUCUCCAGUUCACGCUGCGCCGGAUCAGCAGAGAUGGUCGUGUGCUGGAUCCGCCGCCGUCGGCGACAACGACGUCCAGUGCCGUGCGCAGGCGCACGGGUGAGCGAGGCGGUGCCACGCCGUCGUCUACCGUCCGUCACGUUCCCCGCCAAGGCGCUGGCGGGGCUCGAACACCGACACGCUUCGUCGGCGCACCGACGUGCUACAGCCUGGAAUCGGUGGCGAAGUUGCUGUGGGAGCACCCCUAUUCAAAGUCGUCCAAUGGGUGCACCCGAAUGCCGCUGACAGCCUUUCCGCCGCUACUCCGAUCUAUGACGCUACUGGCGGAAGCGGAACGCCGCGUUGAUGACGCCUCACUGCAUGACGCCGUCGACCUCCGCCGCGAUGGCGGCUCGCCUGUCAGCCGCAAGUGGCACGCAGGCUCAGAACCCCUGAACCUUUGCAGCGUAGAGCUGAUCUUGCGCAUCGCCUGGCGGUUACUCUUCGGCUCUGCCUUUGAGGACUCAGCAGUUGCAGCGCCAACGGAGGCGGUGUCGCUGGAGGCCCUCGUGACAUUGUACCUGAGCCUCACCAGCGUCGUGAGUCAAUGGGCCGUUUCGUCGCACACGCGCGCCCUCGGCGCGCAUCCUGCGUCGCGUGAGCCGGCCGAGACAUCUCCCGUCGCAGGCGAGGGCGCGCGCAAGAUCGGGGGCGCCGCUAAGGCGUUGGCGCCGCCGUCCAUCUUACUGGCGUUGGAUUGUUGUUUGGCGCACUGCGAAGCCGCGCUGCGACCGCGGCUGAGGGCGAUGGCGCUUCACACGGCCGGCAGCGGCGCGGCUGACGCUGCACACACGAAGCCGGAGCGCGUAGCGACAGACCUGCGGGUAUUGCUGCAGCUGGCGGUGCUGACGGAGAGACUGUUGUCAUUCCCGGCAAAUAUAGCCGCACCGGCGACGGCGGCAGCGGGUAUGCCCGUCCACGAGCUGAUCCACCGACAGCUGUUUCGUGAGCUGGGGGCAAGUCUGCGCGAGGCACCGCUGCAGCGGAUCGCUGGAGAAGUAUCGCGGCUGCCGUGGUGGGUAACGCGGCGCGCGCAUGCCGAAGUAAGGGGGGACGGCACGUCGCCGCUGUCGCCCCUGACCUCGUGGGUCGAGCCGCUAUUGUUGCAGGAGAUCGGCGCAAAACGGGUGCCGGUGGCCGAGCGCGCCACUACCGCCGCCGCCGCGCCAUCGGUGGCGUCGUGCUCGAGUUCGGGUCACCACAGCUUCGAGCUCUUUGAGUGGGCAUUGCUGCCGUUCUACACGAAGCUGGCAGCACGUCCGCAUGAUGUCGACGGCGCCGCCACGACGGCCGACGGAACUGCGGUGGAACCAUCGCCGCAACACUCGACAACAACGCCUAUGAUGGACAGCUUCCUGUGCAUGGAAGAUGCGUACCGUGACUGUGCUGCUGGGCUUGCUGCGCACCAGUGGUUGCCGCAGUCAUCGCUGCAUGGGCUUUCCACUAGCCUUCCAUCUGGCGUCCCCAUGGAUGACACUAACGUCAACGGCGACGGCAACACGACGGCGUUCCAGGCCAGUGGCCGCUCCGCUGCACCACACACGGCGACGCUCGAGGCUGCACUGCACGCCUUGCCAACCCAAUGCGAGUCGUUUCACAUCCUCCUGCACGUGGUCCGGCAGCUGUUCCUGUCGCACCCGAUUCUCCUGUCCACCGCACCCGACGCCGCACUUUACUAUGAACUACGCACUGCCCGCACGGCGCCCGACCAUGAAAAGAGCACCGCGUCGGCCGCUUCAAGUGCCUCAGCGCCGGAGCACAUUCUGGGGGCGGCAGUGGGACGGCAGGCGUGGGCGACGCUGCCGACGCAGCGAGUGGAGCUGCCGCACGACCUGCGUCAGCGCUACGUCGACGCCCUCUUCCGUUGCUUCAAGCGACUCGUGCACCACCACAGCUGCACUGCAGAGGAGCUCGUGGAGCUGCUCCACCUUCUGUGGCUGGCGGACCCUCACGCCUCCCGCGUCGCUUCCUCGGCUCCGUCGUCGUCGUCGAAGGCAUCGUCGUCGCAGUGGCCGAGCCUCUUCGCCCGCUGCAGCGGCUUCGUGAAGGGCUCGCUGGCUGAGCUGGAUGCUGCAGCCGAGAUGCAGGACACAAAUUGCAGCUUGGAGGAUGGCAAAGACGUCGGCGCAUCGCCGUGGCUACUCCGGAGUGUGCCGGAUGUGCUUCAAACCGUGUACCGCACUGUGCACUACGGCCUCACCAAGAGCAUUGUGUUCAAGCCUCGAGGGGUGCACUGGCUCUCCGUCAACGCCAUGGCCCUUCACCCACGAUCGAUGGUGCUCUUCCUACACUGCCUCAGCAUUGUAAGGGGGCUGGAGGAGCAGCGUCAGCAGCGUGCCGCCAUGCCGCGGCUGCCAUCGGAGCUGCCGUUGCCGCAUCGGCAGCAGCAGCAGCGAGCACAGCACUCGCUGAGCAGACUGCACAAGAACACACUCGAGCUCUUUCAACCCUUCGUUGUGUGUGCGUCAAUCACCGGAGAGGCGAUAUCGGGGGUGGCGAAGAUGCGCUACAUGCCGCUGAUGCUGAGCUCGUUGAGCGAGAUGGACCCGCAGUUGGUGCUCGUCCUCAUCCAAGCCACCUUUGCAGGGGCCAUGUGGUCCGGCGAUGCUGGAAAGGAUUCACGUGGCCGUGGCGGGGGCAGCGGCCGGCGUGAGCGACUGAAUGCGGGGGGCGCCGGCUUCUAUCGUAAGCUGCUUGCUGCCGCACAGACGGGCGUAGGCCCCGUGCGGAUGGGCCCGAGUGGCCAUCUGCAGCCCACCCGCACGUUGGUUGAUGGGGGCGUGCCGAAUGCACAGCGGCUUUCGGAGAGCAUUGCGGCAACGAUGGCGGCGUUGCUGAUGGUGGCAAGCCACGUGCAAGCGUCGUCGACGGUGUGGGCCUCGAGCGGAGGAGCAGGAGGGCACGAGGAUGCAUAUUCGGCCAUGACCACACGUGCGGCGCCGCAGCGAGCCCCAUCGGCGCACAUCGGCAGGGCGCAUCGUAACGCGCUCAUUUUCCUUCGCAAUUCUCUGUAUGAGCUGCUCUUGCUGGCGCGCUCGCGCCGGCCGCUGCAGUGCGCGUCCGCCGUCACGGUCGUCCAGGUAAUGCAGCUGGCGGUGGUGCGAGACAGCCAGCGAAUGGUGAGGCUGCUGGACUGGCUCUUCCUGAGCGUGCUCCUGCCACCCUUGCAUGUCGUGGAGGGGGCGGUGGUGCCUGCCGCCACGAAUGGAUCGUCUCACCGUGGGGGCGGGUUCGCCGUAGCUCCUCUGGAGCUCCUCUCUUCGCCCGCCAUCACCACCCCCACCACCCCCACCGCUGCCGCCGCUACUCUCGCUCACGGCGACAGCGGCAGCGCUGGCGAGCGCAGUGACAAGUACCGCCUCGUCACCUCUGCAGACCUCGUCGGGGGCGUACGCUUCCCAGCGGCGCGCGAGGCCGUGCUGCUGCUUCGCCUGCUGCCGGUGCCGUAUUGGCGCUCCCUGCUACACCGUGAUGUCUGUUGGCCCAGGUACCGCGGGUACGCGCUGCAGAUGCUCCAAAGGCGUGGGCGGUCGCUCACCGUGACGAGAGGCGACGCCCAGACGGCUGACACGAUGCGACCUCCCACACUGAGCAAGUGGAACCAGCUUCGCGGCACGCUGUCGUCUCUCCUUCUGUCGCUGGACGCGGAGUCGAUUGCGUGUCUCGUGGCGGAGGCGAUGGGACCGAUGGUGGUGUUGGUGGUGACGACGGAGCUGCUGCGCGCGUUGGCGCGGCAGCGCGCCUGCUCGGGCGACAGCUCUACCACCGCACGCAAGGAUGCGGAGGGCAUGACACGUGCCGUAUGCGCUGCGAUGCGAACUGCGCCGCGCACCGACGACUGCCAGCGCGCGCAAGCUGGCGAGUGGGCAGGGGGCAUCGCUGCGCCGAGUGACGCAGGCGAAGACACCCCCUCGCCCGCAGCGUUGACGUCCUUUGAGGUGGUGCGUCGUUAUGCCUCUCCUAGGUCCGUGCUGGCCGACGAGGCGGUUCAGCCGUGGCUGGAGGCGGCAUGCAAUGUCAUCGAUCAGCUGGCGAGUACACGGCACACAGACUUCGUGGCGAUGCUUGAGCGGGAGGCGGAGUGGCAGAGGCGCGUGACGGAGGCUUCUUCGUAUCGCGGCGUGGCAGCGGAGGAGGUGCCCCUUGGCGUCUUCCACCAGACCGCCGUUGAGGCAAUGGCGACGGCGAGAGCGGCGACCAAGGGAGGUGCUCGUGAAACCGCUGCGCCCGUACUUGACGUUGGAGAGGACGGCGUGGCUGAGGUCAGCGACGUCGGCGAUAGUGCUGGGGAGCACGAUAGGGCUGCGCUUGGCUCUAGCGCCAGUGCACCGACGGCAAGCGACGACGUGAGCGCUCUUGGAGGCAGCGACGGAUGCGCUGCGCCGACGACGGACUUCCCCGCUACCACGGGCACCGCGCCGGUCGACGCGGCAGGCGAAUGGUCUGAUGACUCGGACGUGUCGGCAGAGCGGCCGCUCGUGCUUGACUGGAGGCCAAUCGCCGAGUUUGUGCGCGCGGUGCGUGAGGUGGAUCCAGGCAUCUCACAACGGCAGGUGCGACUGGAGUGCUGGAUGCGGCAGCCGGAGCUGGCGGCGGACGUGCCAGCGGAGGCGCGGGAGCUGUCAACGGCGCGCAUUCGCCCCUUCUCGCCAGCGACGACACCGGUCGUUCCGUCAGCGUCACUCGUAGAGGCGGCCGUGGCGGGCGGUAUGGACGAAGCCCGUGACGUGUUGCACAACGCUGCUGGUGCCAUCCUGCAACAUGCACGCGCGUACUGGCAGGCGGCGAAUCGAGCACAUGGUGCGCGGCCGCUGCUGAUGAUGAACAUGUGCGACGCUCUGCACUUUUAUUCUCUCGAUAGGCAUCAGGUGUGCCAUAACGGUGGCAACGCCCACGGCGGGCAGCUCGUAGGCUCCGCUUACCAGACCGAUACAGCCGAAGCGCCGAGCGGCACAGCCUCCUCCGCAGCCAAGGGCAGCACCCGUGACUCUGCCGAGGUCGUGGAACAGGCUCGCUGGCUGGAAUACAUCACUGGUGGUAGCGGCUUCGACCGCGGCAACGAUCCCGCUGCGCCCUGGAGCAGUCGCUCCACGACGAUGGUACUCGGGCUGGUACGCCCCUGUCCCGCCCUCUCUGUGGCGUCGAUUUGCGCGCCGAGGGCAACGGGUGAGGCGACGACGGUUGGCGAGCGCAAGCGUCGGCGGAUCGCCCUGCUCCGUCGCGCCGGUGUGUUAGCCUCGGUGCAGGAGAUGGCAGAGCGGUGCCGCGCGUACGGGCUGAGCUGCGCGAUGCGGCAUGACGGCGCGCAGGCGUGGCAAGCCACGUGUGCGGCACAUUUUUGGCACCGGAAGUCGCAGCGGCUGCAGCGCGAGAUUUUCGAGUGUGUUGUCGGUGACGACGAUGCCGCCGCGACUGCACGCGCACGCUUGCACGCGUCGGACGGUGGCGUUUUAGCGAAUCGGCAUGCAGGGGCGGCUGGGCAGGAGACAGCAGCAGCCGCGUCCACGGCAGGGCAGCCCGUGAUGGGUGGCGGCAUGUCUGACGUGGAGCGUCGUGCUCGCCACCGGCUCCAACUUCUCCGUUGCGAUGACCUCGCGCAGCUGCUGUUACUCAUGACGUCCGAGACGUCGGCGGUGCUACCAUUGCCGAGCCCAGAGUGUGGAGCGAACACGGACACGGAGGCAUCGCUCUCACUUCUGCGGCUGAAGAUGCGUGUGGUGAUGGAAACAAUGGCGGAGCUGCUACCGAGCGCCUCCACGAACGAGCUGAUGCAAGUGGUGCUCGCGCUUCUCAAGCUCUCGAUCUCUGCCGCAGCGACCGACGCCAGCCGCACCGACGCGACCGCGUCCCAGCUUCUUCACUACGUGUGUCUCGAGGCGCGGCGCCUGCUGGCAAAUGUGGCGGUGCUCGUCGCCAACGAUGUGGAGCGCUUCACCUUUGGCGAGCUACUGUGGCUCAUCACGCGGCUGCACACCCCAUGCAUUCGGGCGGCGGUACCGCCUCACGCACAGUCCGCUCAGCAGGCUGAAGGCGGAGCAGCGGCGCAGAGCGAGAUGUUCCCGAGGCCUAGGCACGGCAAGGCGUUGGGAGACGAGCCCGUCGAUGUGUCGAUGUCGUACGUGUCAGCAGCUGUCGCGCGCGCCAUCCGCGUUGUCAUCGAAGGCUCCAACGACCCCACGGGCGGUGCGCGAGACGACGGCGCUGACCCUGACGAUGAGAUCGGCGAUGGCACUGAUGUCCCGACUAACAUGGCGGCUGCUCUCGACGACGACGUGCCCGUCAAUGCGCAGUCGGCGUCACCCGUGACCGUCGCGCAGUGGGCCAAUGCCGUCGCUGCGGCAGAGCAGCUUCAGGGGAAGUCACAGCUGCAAUAUGUGCUGCAGCUGGUGGAGCGCUCGGCGGUGUGA